AUGCCCAUGGGUGGGGGUGUCUCUCGCUCUGAAGGUUUAAGAGAGCUUGCCACAUACCACAGGACAGUCAAAUAUUUCACAACACUGGAAGACAGCACAUCAGACUAUAAGAAGAUAGAUUCUGAUGAUGUCAUAACCAGAGAUGAGCAGAUCUUUCUUCUGAUUGGUGCACGGGCAAGAUGUGAGAGAAGCAUUGGAGCUCAGCUGGAUGUGGUCAAAGAGAAUUACUGUGUUCCUGAGUGGGAUGGGAUCAUCUGCUGGCCCACAGGAAAACCCAGUCAACUGGUUGCAGUUUUGUGUCCUGAAUACAUCUACGACUUCAACCACAGAGGACAUGCGUAUCGGCACUGUGAUGCAUCUGGUAACUGGGAGCAAGUGUCCACUAUUAACCGGACGUGGGCCAACUACACAGCAUGCACAACUUACCUACAUACUAACCAUAGUGAUCAAGAGGAGGUCUUUGAGCGUCUUUACUUGAUGUACACUAUUGGAUACUCCAUAUCACUGGCAGCGUUACUUGUGGCUGUCUUUAUACUCUGCUAUUUCAAACGUCUUCAUUGCACCCGUAACUAUAUCCACAUCCACCUGUUCACCUCAUUCAUAUGCCGAGCCAUCAGCAUAUUUGUGAAAGAUGCUGUACUGUACACUGUCACAGAUGGUGGCAAACUAGAAGAUGGAGCAAUUGAACACAGACCUUACAUGGUGGGCUGCAAGGUCGCUGUGACUCUCUUCCUGUAUCUCUUGGCAACCAAUCAUUAUUGGAUCCUGGUGGAGGGCCUGUACUUGCACAGUCUCAUCUUCAUGGCCUUCCUGUCUGAUAAGAACUGUCUGUGGGCUUUAACAAUCAUUGGCUGGGGGAUACCUGCAGUGUUUGUAUCCAUAUGGGUCAGUGCUCGAGUGUCUCUUGCAGAUACACAGUGCUGGGAUAUAAGCGCAGGCAAUCUCAAAUGGAUCUAUCAAGUACCAAUCCUGGCAGCCAUAGUUGUAAGAGAAUUACAAUUCUUUCUCAAAUAA